AUGGUGGCCGCCAAGCAGUGCAGUCCCUGCUCGGCGGCGGCGCAGAGUUCGUCGGGGCCCGCGGCGCUGCCCUACGGCUAUUUCGGCAGCGGCUACUACCCGUGCGCCCGCAUGGGCCCGCACCCCAACGCUAUCAAGUCGUGCGCGCAGCCUGCCUCGGCCGCCGCCGCCGCAGCCUUCGCGGACAAGUACAUGGAUACCGCCGGCCCCGCGGCCGAGGAGUUCAGCUCCCGCGCUAAGGAGUUCGCUUUCUACCACCAGGGCUACGCGCCCGGGCCUUACCACCACCAUCAGCCCGUGCCUGGCUACCUGGAUAUGCCAGUGGUGCCCGGCCUCGGGGGCCCCGGCGAGUCGCGCCACGAGCCCCUGGGUCUUCCCAUGGAAAGCUAUCAGCCCUGGGCGCUGCCCAACGGCUGGAACGGCCAAAUGUACUGCCCCAAAGAGCAGGCGCAGCCUCCCCACCUCUGGAAGUCCACUCUGCCCGACGUGGUCUCUCAUCCCUCAGACGCCAGCUCCUACAGGAGAGGAAGAAAGAAGCGCGUCCCUUACACCAAGGUGCAAUUAAAAGAACUCGAACGGGAAUACGCUACAAACAAAUUCAUUACCAAAGACAAACGGAGGCGGAUAUCAGCAACGACGAAUCUUUCCGAGCGGCAGGUUACAAUCUGGUUCCAGAACAGGAGGGUCAAAGAGAAAAAAGUCAUCAACAAACUGAAGACCACUAGUUAAUGGAUUAAAAGUGGAGCAAGAGGGUCACUUGAAGAAAUGCUUCAGAACUCGUUGCUUGGCCAGAUAAUGGUUAUAAUACUUAAUAAUAAUUGAAGAAUGGGAAAGAGAAAGAGAGAGACACUGGCAUUUUACUUUCCUAAGGGGGGAAUCGCACUCUUCUUGGUGGAAUCUACAAUUCUUUUAAAACUUUAAGAAAUGGUAAAGACUGCCAGUUCUCCCGCCAACCCCACCAGACCAUUAAAUGACAAACUCUAGAGUCAAACGUCAGCCCCCAAAUACGCAAUUUCAGAUAAGUUACGCAUUUACUGAAAUCUUGUAAGUAUUUAUGUGACCAUUAUAUUCUAGGACACUAUGUUAUAUGGUAAUAAUCCGAAAGUUGGUUACAAAAGCAAGAGGCUGUUGUAAACAUCUGCUUGUCCUUGGGUCCCCAUGGCCAUCUCCUCUGCAUGUUAAGUGACUGCUCAGGUAAAUCCUAGUGAAGUUCCUACCAUUGUUGUAUAUUCUGCAAAACAUGUCAAGUAUAGAUUUAGAGGGGAAAAGAGAAAAAGGUACUGAAAUAAUGAUCUUGGACUAUUUACUAUGAAGGGAGAGAAGAAGAGAAAGCUCUUCUGAGGAUCAUUUGUCCUGGUAGUUAAUACAGCCAGCUGAGCUUUUGAGCUACAAGGGAACGCCAGGUUGGGAAUGUCCUUCUGAUAAUAAUUUCUAAUUGCUUCUAACAAGCAUAUUUUGUGGCAUUUGGACAAUAUUUUCUGCUUCGAUAUCAAUUACUUUCCAAAGGAUUUGAUAUCUUCUUGAAAAAUAUUUAACACAUCAGAUGAUUCACAGAAUUCACUUUAUGUCAGAUCUCCCGAGAGGUCCCACCCCAACAUGGUGGACUUUGGUUUGAACACAAUUAAUUUUUCAUUUAAAUUGGUAUUUCCCAAUAUUUACUAAAUAUUUUGCUGGAGAAAUAAUUUUCCUUUUUAAUUUUUUAGAAAACUCAGAACAGAAAUCCAUUCCCCCCAAACAUUUAGAUGUUUACAUUCUAUAUUUUGAUCUAUUAAGAGAUUAGUAUUUUUCCUUGUUUAUUGUGUUAUGAGACCACAUUAGAAAGUUUAGGGAUUCAUCUUCACAGCACAUUUUUAAUCGAGCAGUUAUUUCAACCAGCACAUUCAUUUUGUUCAUAUUCAUUAUAAAAUGCUAUCUUGUAAAUAAAGACAUUCAGCACACUGUGAAAAUGUAUUUGUGCACCUGCUUUUAAAAUAUUUCUACUAAAAAUAAUAAUUAAAAAAACUUUAGACCUGUAGAUAGUGAUACGGUGGUAUUAAUUAUGUUAAUAAAAUAGUCACUGCC